GCCCCGGAAGCGGUUCUACCACUUCCGGGUGGUUGUCAGUGACGCUCUGGAGUGGUCGCCAGGGCGGUCUGAGCUGCGGACCGACUGCUUCUGGCUGGCCAGCACGUCAGGCCCUUGCGGGACCCGCGCCGCCGGUGGAGACUGAAUGGAUGGAUUAAAUGAAUAUUCAUGUAAUUCAUUUGACCUACAAUGUCUAUUAAACUCAUUUCCUGGAGAUUUAGAAUUUAAGCAGAUCUUCAGUGACAUUGGUGAACAGAUGGGAAAAAAUGCCACAAGCAUAGAGCAUUGCAUUGAAGAAAUACAGUCUGAAGUAAACAAACUCUGUCCAGAUGUGCAGCUGCAAACAACAGCGGACUGCUUCACAUGGCUAACUAACUAUAAUUAUAAUUCAUCUAAGUCACCAUCCAUUUCCCAUGGAGAUUUGAUAAAAUUCCUCAAAAUAAUGCAAGAUUUAUUGAAUAAUGAAGAAAAUCAAGAAGAAAUGAUCCUGGAUUUACUCUGGGACCUCUCCUGUCAGAGAAGCAUCUCAUUCCUGUCGCCCCUAGGAGGGACCUCGUUCUGUUUCCUCUCCAGGACAUGUCUGCAUUCUGUUGAAGAUUAUUCCUCUGUGGAUGUAAAGUUUAUUUGGGAUGAUGUAAGAUUACAUCUUCGACGCUUCCUAGUGAACAAGUUAGAAGGCCAUAAUGAGAUAAACAACUCACAGCCAAGAAUUAAACUGAAAAGUCAAUGUAUGCAGCAACUCCUCCUGCUCUACCCAGAAUCAGAAGUGCUUGUCAAGUACCAAAGCAUACAGAAGAGACUGCUGACUAAAUUUCUGCAAACCUCCUUCCCUUCCUGCAACAGAGAUUCAGAUUUAGAAGUAAUUGCUCAUGGAUACCAAAGUACAAUGCUCACGUUAUAUUCAAUGAUAAAAGAGGAUUUUAACAUACUGUGUGAAAUUUUAGCUCCGUCCUCAGUGGUGCAGUUCAUUAAAGAAACUUACCUGGAUACAGUUACAGAAGAAAUGGCAAAAAUUCUUGAAAAUUUUUGUGAGCUGCAGUUCAAAGAAAAUGCUGUUCCUGUAGUUAAAGCAAGCAAGAGCGCCGGCAAGCACAGAGGAACAGUGCAUGCUUUGGUUAGCCCUGCAUGCCCACAGAAGCGAAGACACUCUUCACUAUCCUUAGAUGAACUCAAAUUCUUAGCACAGCUAACAGAAUCCUUUUUGAAGCUGGAAAACAACAUUCAGGAUCUGUUUGAAGAAAUGUUUUUAUUGCUUAAGAUGCCCAGGAAUUCUCCAGGAAUAUUGGAAAAAUCUGAUAGGGAAGCCAUGGUAGAGAAACAUACGUCAAAUGAAACCAACAUUCCUCCAGAGCCAUUAUUACCAGUCAAAGAGGCUACUUUACCAGAGUUUGGCUGGAAAAAUGCAUUUAAAGAAAUCUCUUUUGUCAUGGCACACUCCAUAUCAGCAGCCAUUGAAGGAUUUUCCACAAAAGUCCUCCAACAAGAGCAAACAGAAAGAUCCUCAGGUGUGAGCUACGCUAUAAACCUUGUAACUGUCCCGAAAGUUUGGCGAGAAGGUCACGCAUUUCCUGAGGAGGAACAACCAAAGAAAGUGGCCAAGUUUUGUUCUGACAUCAUGGAAAAGCUUGACACAAUGCUUCCACUGGCUCUGGCAUGCAGAGAUGAUUCUCUUCAGGAAAUUAGAGGGAACCUCGUGGAGGCCUGCUGUAAAGUGGCAACAGCUGUCCUGGAGAGACUGCACGAGAGAGGCAGGGAGGUUCCUUCCAGAGCACCCCUGAAGAACCUGUACGUUCUCCUCUCCACGGCAGCCUACGUCUCCCAGCGUUUUACACAGUAUGUUAAUCUGAUGAGAGAGACAACUAGGAAACCCAUAUUCCUGGUGCCUGUCCAGCGAUAUCAGGAAUUCAUCAACACUCUACAGUUUCAGGUUACGGACUACUGCGUCAGACUUUGUGCUACAAGCAUUUUACAGGAUGCUGAGAGCCACCACUGGGAUGACUACAAAGCUUUUUAUGAGGGGGAAAGAUGCUCCUUCUCCAUCCAGAUGUGGCAUUACUUCAGCUGGGCUCUGCAUCAUGAUCUCUGGACCAUACUACCCGCUAAGCUGGCCCAGGAGAUUCUAGCAGAGGUCCUGGAGAAGUCCUUGGGUCUACUAGCCUCCAGAUAUGCUCGGGCGUGUCCCAGUCCUAAGAGAAUUGCACAGAUAAGACUUGAUGUCACGGCAAUCUUAAUAUGCACUGAGAACAUACUAUGGUCAGUUUGUACAUCUGUACAGGAAAUUUUGAAUCCUCAUGAGUAUAACAACAACAAAAUUUUUAAAAUUCAUACUCAUUGCAACCACCUCUUGACAACAUUAGCCAUUUUGACAGCACCACUAACAGAAUUAUAUAAGACUUUUCAGCAUGGUAUGGAUGACUCAGCUUCAAAUUCCUUAGCAUCAUUGUUUAAUCAACCAUUUCACUGGGUUUCCUGCAUGUCACAGUUCUACCCUUCUUUACUCAGGCCUCCAUCAGCUAGAGAACUGAACGCCCAGGGUCAGUUGAAACUACUCUUAUCCCAGCCAUGCUGUAAGUGGAACCUGCUUCUGGAGACUCUGCUACACAGUGGUGGCCUCAUACCAAGAAUCCUGCUGAGAAGCUCAAAACAAGCUACUGGCACCGAAGAGGACCAGCGGGGAGGCUGCAGUGUGGUGGAAGCCAUCUUUAAAGUUCUGUCCCACUGUCACUUGUCCCCACAAACAUUUGGAAAUGUUUUCCUGAGCUACAUGGAAGAAGAACAGCUCUGGGACUCUUUGUACAACAUUCCAGUCUCAGUGUACACGGAGUCCCAGCCAGAAGUCAUCCGCUGUCUGAGACUGGCGCUGAUGGACGCUGUCAAGGACAUUGUGCAGCAGGUCGUAUCCAUGAUGAGAUGCGGGGGAAACAGUGAGGCAGACCUAAACAAGUCCCGUGUUCCUGAUCGUCUGCUUCAGAGCAUUCCACAAGAAUGGAAUUAUAUUCCAAGAGAAUUCAGAAGGAAAGAAUCAAAUAAAGGCUUCACGAGGCUUGCUGCUCAGGCAGUAUCUAUUGUAAUCAGCAAGUUACCUACGGUGAUUGCAUGCUUGCCUCCCACAAUUAAAUACUUCUUUUUUCUGUCUGAGAGAAAAAUGUCAAAAAACUUGGCUGAAUUGAAGAAAGCUGGCCUGCUUGUCUGGAACUUGAUUGUAAUUAUAUGUCGGAUAUUUGAGGAUGGGAACACCGUGGAACGUUUAACAGGUGCCUCCCUUGACAGAUGGAGUAAAGAGAAAGCAGCUUUCAUCUGUGUGUGUUUGGAAAGCAUUCUAGGAGAGAGAAGCAGCCCUUGUCAACUGACCCAAAAGGUCAUACUGAGCAUUGAGCGGCAAAAACCCAACUGGUUGGAGCACCAGCUCCUGAAAGCAAAGACGCUGAGCAUCAACUGUGCAUUCGUGACGGUGGAGGAAAGCUCAGGCUUAGGAGAUGCCGCUCUUGAACUGACUGAGCAGAAAACAAACGCGAUGGUCCUGGAUCUCUGCCACAAACCAGGUGGCAGCGAGUACCUGAGGCAAAUUUAUCACAUCAUGCGGCUCAAUGAGGACUAUUUAAAAGAACAACUGUUUGCUACAAAUGGUUCAGAGGAAACGCCAUUGCCCAGCCAACCUUUGAAGGUGACCUUGAGGGAUGCAGAGGAUCAGUCUCCUGUUUUUAACCCUUUCCAUGUGUAUAAGACGUUUAGUGAAAACAUGCUAGAGCAGGCGGCCACAGCAACAUGGUGCUGGAACUGGUCAAACUUGCUGCCAAAUUACCUGCAACUGGAUAAGACGACCUUCGGUGCACUUCUCAAAAACAGGUGGGAAAUGAGGAAAGAUGAAACUCUGGAAGAGGAAGAAAAAAUGAUGCUGGAACAUUUAAAACAAAUCUGUAGCACACAGGACUCUUCUUCGUUAGACAGCCCAGACGAACCGUAAUCUGCAGAAAACGUCAACAGCUUUAUUUUAGGAAACAGUCUCCUGCAAUGGAGGCUUUCACCAUCGUCAGAGGAACCUCACGCAUGCCACUGAGUACAGCCAUCACCACAGAGGCUCUGUACUGAACAGGAACACAGAACAUAAAGAAUAAGAGGCUCCGUAAUUUUUAUAUUAAAGAUAAUUUCAAAUUCUUUCCCAAUCUUUCUCCUUAUCUGAUAAAACUACUGCCAUCUCGUGUUCCCUUUGAAUUAUGUUUUUUUUUUUCUUCCCUUCAGUAUUGACGUAUCUAUGACAACAGGAAAAAUGUUUGGAAAUAUUUUCCUUAGGGACUUCUUAUACAAUAUUUAGAUGUUAAGUUGAUUGGAGCCCCCCAACCCCGGAAGUCAUCUGAAAACUACAAUUUGAUUUGGUAGCUGUAGCCCAAGAACAGAUCUUAAUUGUCUUUAGUAUUACUGAUUGGACCCUUCCCCUAUAACCUCUUCCUCAUCCACUUUAUCUUAAUCAUAACCACAAGAAAGCAGUCUCCAGCACUAUAUAACUUCCAUCAUAUGACGGCUUGUGAUCGUUGUUGCCCUCCUCCUAAAUACCAUUCCACUCUGAUGCUUUCACCUCCUGUACCAAGUGGCUCCGAUUCAGGAAACUCGUGACAUCCUUUUGACUCAAGCCAAAAAAAAAAAAAAAAAAGGUAGUUUUUCCCAACCAAAAACCAUCUUUAUUUCAAAAUUAUGUUCAAAAAUUAUCUAUUGACUACCCAGGGUCCGGGGAUUGCACUAGGUCCGGCAUGGGAUAUCUGAGGGAAAAAAAUCUGUGUAUUCUAUGUUCUUAUGUCUGUAACUUUAUUCCUUUAAGAUAAAAUUCUAUCUAUACAGCUACAGCUCCAUCAGGCAUUCAAGACAAGAAUAAAUCUAGAUACACCAAGCUCUUUAUCCAUCCACUUUAUUUCUCUGGGAUGAAAUUCUGUCUGUAUAGCUUCAGUUCCGUCCAGUUCCCUAGCUCAUAGUCCUGCUAACGACUAAACUCCUAAGCUACCAGCCUCAUCUUCGUCCUCCAUUUCCUUAUUCUCCAUUUCCACUACACUCUACUCCUGGCACUCAGAAAACUCUACCCUAGACCUGCUUACCCUCGACGGAACCUCUGUCUUCCUCUCUUCUCUCACCAUUCUGUCUGUUUCUCAAGUUCUUCUUAUACCUCAGUCCCCUCAGUCUCUGAGGUGUUCAGUUAUAAACCCAAACCAUAGUGAUCCUCUGUCAGAGCAAGGUCACCAGGCUUGAAUUCUUACAGAGUCAUAAAGGUAGGUGAGAAUUUUCCUCAGACAGUGACCACCAGGCUUUCUUUUACAACCCAAAAUGGGAGUGGUAAAAGAGGAGGUCAACUGAGUGCUAAUGACCGGUUAGUAUAUCAAAAAGGGGAUCUAUGUGCUUAGUCUACAUUCCUAGAAGUGGUUAGGUAAGAAAUUAGGGGUCUACUAGUAAGGUUGUACAAGAAAGGAGGGUCUCACCCUAAAUUGCACAAGAAAUAAAGCUAUCUGCCUGACCUGGAGACAGGUGUUGUUUCGUUUGGCCUUGGAUGCUUGAUAGGCAUUUUAGAUAAAUACACUGUUAGGAGUUCUUGGAAGCAUGCAUAGCAUUACAAGAAAAUCACUGUCGGAAACAGCUAAUAUACAUACAAAACUAAAAUAUCACCAAGACUUCUUAAACCAUGGCUUGAUCUUUGGAGAAGUCCUUGACUUUUCCAAGUAGUAGCUUUUGUGACAGUAGCUGAGUUCCAUUAGGCUUUCCUGAGGCUUGCAGCAGUUAUCCUUCUCUACCCUUUAUUAACUACAACGCCUGUUGUUGCUGUUGUUGUUUUAUUCUCUUUUUUUUGGGGGGGGGGGAGUUACCACCCAGCUCCCAAAUAAAUACAUGGAAGCCUUUUCUUAAUUAUGAAUGCCCGACCUUAGCAUGGCUUAUUUCUAGCCAGCUUUUCUUAACUUAUUAUCCAGUCUGCCUUUUGUCUCUGGGCUUUCCCAUUUCUUACUCCUGUUAUCCUACACUCACUCUUACUCCGUGGCUGGCUGUGAGGCUGUGUGGCUGGCCCCUUCUUUUCUGGCUCCUUGAUCUCUCUUGCUUUUCGAGCCCUCUUUUUCUCCUCUUAUUCUCUCUGUCUGCCAGCCCUGCCUAUCCUUUCUCCUGCCUUACUAUUGGCUGUUCAGUUCUUUAUUAGACCAGUCAGAUGUUUUAAGCAGGCACAGUAACACAACUUCACAGGGUUAAACAAAUGCAACAAAAAAGAAUGCAGCACAUCUUUGCAUCAUUAAACAAAUGUUCCACGGCAUAAACAAGUGUAACAUAUCUUAAAAUAAUAUUCUAUAACAAAUGCCUGCUAUUUUUCUUAUUUCCAUUGCACUUGCACACAUGCAGAAAGAGACAGACAGACACACACACACACACACACACACACUCAGAGAGAGAGAGAGAGAGAGAGAGAGAGAGAGAGAGAGAGAGAGGUGUUCUACCCUGCCUGCCAAGUACAAUUAUAUAUAUUUAGUAUGUCCUUCCUAUCAGUGCCUGAUAUUAUAUUAUAGAGACCCUAAAAGUCUUAAAUAUAAUAUGAAGUUUCCCUUUAUAAACCUGAAUAUGCUAGGAUUAUUCAAUGUGUGGGCAGUUAACAAAAGCAGCUGAUUAAGUAACUACCAUUGGAAGGAGAUACACUGUGCACAAAGAACCAUGAGGACAUAUGGGAGAAGCCUCAUGGUGAACCAUGGACGAUCUGACAUCAAACAUCAUGUCUUCUGAUGUUCUCACAAACUUAGUAAACUCUGUGUGCUCCCACAUCCUGUGAUCUUUAUGAAAUACUUGUAGCCACAUAAUUUCCUAAGGAAAGUACUCACAUAUUUUUCAAAGGCUGAGUUUAGUGUACAAAGGAGGUCACUGUAGAGAGUCUUACAUUUUCACUUGCAGUAAAAUGAACAGCCAUGUACCCAGAUCCCUGCUAAAUAACACACUUUAAAUUAAAAAAAAAUAGACCAUGAAUUUGAAAAAGAGCAAGGAGGGGUAUGUAGUAGGGUUUAGAUGGAGGAAAGGGGGAAAAUGAUAUAAUUAUUUUAUUCAAAAAUAAAUAAUUUUGUAAAGAAAGUCCUUUAGUUGGCCUGGAUAAUGUGAAGCAAGUAUUUUCAAAUAUGCCUUAACUAAUUUUUUUAAAUUCUAUUGAAGUCAUUUAAAAAUUAGAGUUUUACACAAAAUGAACAUUCCAUUUAAUCUUACUUGUAAAUAGUAAAAAGAAAACUCAAUAUAAAGCAGUUGAUUGUUCCUCCAGCUAUCUGAUAGGAUCCUACAUUAGUCUACAUAACUAUGAUACAGUAGACAAUAACUGAAGAGCCAAAAUGAAAAUAAAUUGACCCGAAUAAAAAUGUUAUAGUAGCUCACAUAUCAGUUGUCUCUAUUAAGAUGACAUUUUAAAGCUCUUUUACUGUAGCUACGCAUUUGUAUAGCAAUCCUGAGAAGUGACUUCAUUUCUUCAGAAGAAAAAGUUCUGUGUCUGUCAUUUGAAAGAGAAAAUGAGAUGAGAGAAAACUUAUCUGAAUUCUCUUCUGUGCUUCAUCAUUGAAUUACAGUGAUAACUUCUGAAUGGUUUGUGAUUGGGAAUGUUAAAUAUGUGAUUGAUUGUCAGAUAAGUUUGACUUUCAGUGUUUUUAAGAAUAUGGUAAGUAGUAUCUCGGAGCAGUUGUUUCUCACAUUCAGCUUUGUAUGGGUCGACGAUAGCACUGAGGCCUCACACUUUGUGACUCCUCAGGUCCUGUUACAGAGACGGUGUCUGCUGUGUUCUGUGCCACUGUAUUUUAUACAAUGCCGAGUUUUUCAUUUUAUUAUUGGUUUAGCAGUUUCUCCAUAGAAAUAGUAUGAAUUAGAUUUUUAAUUAUGUCUAUUUCAGAUAUCAUGUAUUUAUGAUCUCUAUAAACAUUCUUGUAGGAAUACCAACUAAAGAAUAGGAAAAAUUUGUUUUUCUCUGUUAGUAUGUGCUCACUCAUAGCAUAAUGAUAUCCCUACAUUCUCAGACCAAAAGGAUGUUCAGCUAGUCUGUCAUCAUCUUUCCUUUCUUUAUACUUGAACAAUUGUAUACUAGAAAAUAGCCUUUAAAAAGGAAGUAAAUCCUGCCACAUAUAACAUUACAGAUAAAUGCAAGGACAGAAUGCUAAAGGCAAAAAUUCAAUAAACCAGGGACUUAAAAACACUGAGACGCUGGAGAGAUGCUCAGUGGUUAAGAGCACUCGAUGCUCUCACAGAGGACCAGGCUUUGACCCCUAACACCCAUAUUGCAGAUCAAAACCCUCUGUAACUCCAGUCCCAGGGUAUAUGAUGCCCUCUCCUUGCCCCUGUGGGCACUGCAUGCAUGUGGUAUACAUACACACAUGCAGACAAAACAUCCAUACAUAGAAAAUAAUUUUAAAAACUUAAAAAAUAAAUGUUGUGUGAUUCUA